AUGUCCGCCAGCCAGGCAGGCCCGAGCAGGACCACGCUGCACACUCCGGCCUCGCCAACCGCACAGCAGAGCUACAUCGACCCAGCCGCCGCACCGCUCGCGUCUCCGCAGCUCGCCAACCGCAUCAACCUCGUCACCUACAAGCAGUCCACCAUCAAGGCGCUCAUCGACCCCAGCCUGCCAGUACAGGAUGUCAUUCGCCAACUCUGCGCCAAUGCCCACCUCGGCGUCCAGGAGCCUCCAGCGCUCUUCGCGCUUCGCGACGACGACAACGACGAGCUCAUCGACGACGCCAACAUGGCAAAGAAGAUCGAGGCCGGCGCCAACUUCAAGCUGUGCUCGUCACCCACCAUCGAGGCCGCAGACAUGGUCGACAAGCUUGGCUCCUGCGACGAGCGCGUGCUCAAGAUGGCCACCUACACCCUCCAGCGCCUCAUCCGCGAAGCACCCUUCACCAACGAGUUUGUUGCCAGAGGCGGCGUGAGGGAGUUGCUCAACGUCAUACGCAAUCACUCGUCCGGCAACACCCUCGCCUACGCUCUCACCAGCUGCCAGAACCUCAUGGACGGUUUCGAAUACGGCUGGGACAUCAUCGACGCCGACAUCGUCGCAAAAGUCGUCAACUUGCUUGUUUCCCAAGAACGCAUCAACGUCUGCCGGCCCGCCACCGCCAUCCUCAAGAAGCUCGUCGUCUCGGGUCCCCAAGACUCGCCCAAGAUGGGCCGCGUGCUCACCGACGGCUCGGGCGCUGCGUCCGCUGCACCGCCUCCCGUCUACCGCUACGGCUUUGACUUUGUAUACGCCGAGUUCCAGCGCGAACCACUCUUCCUCCAGACGCUCACCAACCGCAUCGGCAGCUCCGACACCACCUUAAAGCUGUACAGUCUCAGCCUCAUCAACAGCCUGCUGCGCAACGUCUCGGACGAGCUCUUCGAGAGCUUCACCUCGGAGCUCGAAAAGCUCAACGCAUCCAAGGCGGUGGCGUGGCUCAUGGACUCGCAUCGCGGCGACGAAUUGGCAUCGUCCAUCCUCGACUACCAGACCAACGUCAUCCGCACAGCACAUCGCAGGAUGCGCACCGCCGUCACACCGACCGACAAGCGCCACGUGCACGCACUCUCCUACAUCUGGCUUCAGGCAAAAAUCAGCGAUGUCGUCGUGCCGAACAAGAACCCCGCCCAGACCACCCUCAACGGAGCAUCCAGAACCGCCGGCGGCGCCACCACUCGUUACAAGUGGCGGCGCAUCGGCUUUGCGUCUGAGUCGGCUGCCAAGGAGUUUGGCCGAACGGGCUGGCUGGGCCUGUUGUGCCUCGAGUCGUUCGUGCGCUCAGAUCCCGACCUGUACGCUAAGAUCAUCCUGGAGCAGAUCAAUCGGCCCGAGGAGCGCCGCUGCAUGUUUGCACGUGCAUCCAUCGAAGUCACCUCGAUCCUCGCCGAUCACUGGGACAUUGAGUCCGGCUCUUUCACCGCGUCCACCUCGUAUCUGCCCUUCCUGCUCUCCCUGACCAAGGUGCACAAUCUCGCGCUGCGCUUCUUCCUGCGCAUGUGGAACGAGUCGGGUGCCGCCGCCUCGGACUUUUCGCGCGUGUCGGCGCUGGUGCGCAGCCAGGUGCACGAUGCGCUCGGCAAGCAGGACGAGGUGAGCCGCACCUGGAUCGACCUCGAGGACGCUUUCCUGCACUCGGAGUACCGGACCGUGCGCGAUCGCCAGAUCAAGGAGCUCGAGGUGGACGAAGACUACAACUCCAAGGCGUCGAUCCGCAACCUGCGCGGCCGCAUCUAUCGCGAGAGCUACGAGUUUGUGCGCCAGCAACGCAUCCAGUGUCUGCUCGAGGGCGCAUGGUUCCGCAACGUAGUCGCAUCGUCAGCCGUGGGCGCCGGUGCGAUGGGUGCCAAGCAGCGGAGAGGAUCGACGAGCACCGUCGAGACCACCAAUAUGGCCAUGCCGACGAUUUCCAACGGCGCCACGGCUCCCACCAAACCAUGGCGCUUCUAUCGCCUGGCGCCCAACAAAAAGUUCCUCUACUUUUGCGACUCUUCCGACCGCGUGCCCAUUCGCGGCGGGCUUGACGACCUGCCGGAUCGCAUCGAUCUGAGUCUGGUCACCGAAAUUUCGCACCACGGUGGCGCAGCGACGGGUGGAGGCUCGGGAGGCGCGGCGACGGGACGCGAGCUGGUCAUCAGCCUGCUGCAGUCGCCAGAUGGAUGUGUCGCCGAGAUGCAGGCGCUCAAUGCGAGCCAGCUGUCCGAGUGGACCGAUGGCCUCAACAUGCUGCGCGACGAGGGCGGCGUGGUGAGCACGCGCGAGACCGCCGACCUCAUCAACAUGCUCACCGAGAUCGGCAUCAAGGUCAAGAUGCUCGACCUCACGGGCGAACAGAUCGAGCUGCCUGCCACAGUGCAAGCGCCGCCGCUGCCCUCCACCACCGAAUUCUUCUUUGCCGAGUUGUAG